UAUAGAUUGGCUCGGAAGGCAGCUGACCACCUUGGUGGACUUGAUCCCAAGUACCAACCACUAGAAGAGAAAGACUUGGAGGCAAGAUCAGCCGCAAUCCAUGCAAGCGUCCGGGGCACCAAAAACAAACAUCUACCUUGGAUAUGGCGAGUUGAAGUUGAGGAGGCAGAGAGGAGUGACAAAUCAAAAUUCAUGGACACAUUUGACCGGAUUCAAUGGAUGCGUGCCAAAUGCCGGAGGGAUCGCUGGGAGGAAGAACUUAUUCUUCUCCACGAGGAGAUGAAACGAGUGCCCAAAUCAUUCAUGCACAAAGCCACACAGUGG